GUUUUAUGUGAAGUGAGGUGAAGUGAUAAGCAUACGCGCGGUAGAGAGAGAAUCAAUUAGCAAUUAAAUUUGCUGAAAUUCCAAAAACCAACGACAUGUCUCUGGCAAAUCAGAGUCAAAAUUUGCAACUUCAGCUGGAGCAGUUGCGAGAGUUGCAACAGCUACAGGAACAACAACAACAACAGCUGCAGGAACAACAUCCACUGCUGUCAGCAAUUGCGGAGAAUAAUUAUGCUCAAACGCAACGCGUGCAUUAUCCCAACCAUUACUAUCCGAGCAACCAUUACCAUUACCAGCAACAGGGACGACCGCUGCUGGCCGCCGCUGGCAGCAGCCACAACGGUGCUUAUGCAGGCACUGCCCCGUACAGCGGACACUCCGGCCAUGGCCACAUCGAGCCAUCGGUGGAGUACGAACUGCAGCAGACGCCACCCUCGGGUGGGUUCACCUCGUACCAUGCCAGUGCCGGGAGUGCGCCCGCACUGUCCAUGGGCAUGCCCCAUCCGCCGCCCCAUCCGCCCCGUCCGCCGCCCCAUCCUCCAGCAGUCCAUCCGUACUCCUAUCCAAAGCCCCCGCCACCCACGAGGGGCUCCGCCGGCAAGAAAUCGAAGAAGAACUCCAGCGGGGUGAUGUCCGCGCUGACGCUGCUCUCGUUCUUCUUCUUCCUGAAUCUGCUGCAGAACUGCAUCAAGGAUCACAUGUCCGAUAUGAAUCCCACCGUGAUGGUGCUCACGGACACCGGCAGUCGCAAUCGUUUCAAUAAAUUAGCCGAGAUGAACUCACGCGAACAAACCUCAUCGCCGACCCCAUCUUGGCAGCAGGCUGCCUUGGUCCCAGUGCCGGACUCAGGACCCGGUUCCGUCCCCGUCUCUAGUCCGGCCCCCGUUAUUGUUAAACCCACGGUGGUGCUGCAGUCGCCGUAUAGUGGAGCUGCUGCUGCUGCCGUGGUGACUAAUAAGCCCCAGUAUCACCAGAACCAGCACCAUCCUCACCAGCAACCGCACCAGCAACCGCACCCGCAUCCGCACCAGCACCAUAAUCACAAUCCAGCCACGGACUCACAUCAUUAUCCACCACCCCCCGGUGAUGAUGAUGACGAUGUUGAUUAUAAUUACGGACAUCGCAGACCCCCACCAGGACCGCCCCAGACCAGCGCCGCGGACUUCUAUCCUAAUCGCACAACACACAUUGACCACUCGUCCCGUCCCGACUUUGACUCCGAUUCAGAUUCAGAUUCCGAUUACUAUCAGCAUCACUACUACCCUGAACGCCACCGCUACUCGGACUCCCGUUACAGCAAUCCGCGGCGUCCUUGGUCUUACGGUGGCGCCGGCUCGCAUGCUGGCAGCGGCGGCAGCAGCAUCAGGCAGCGCUACUCAUCCGCACCAUGGUCUUCAGCCUCGUUGGGCGCUCAGUCGGGCGUGAGCUCUUACUUGGAUAAUGCCCAGCGCCGUCAAGGUGAUGAUGAUGAUGGGUACGGGUACGGGCACGGCUACCCUCAUAGAGACAGAGACAGAGAGAGAGAGAGAGAGCUCAAUGUUAUUUGCUACAGUUUUAUAUGGCAAACAAUUACGCCUUGGCCAUGGAGUACCAACAUACCCGCUUUGGCCUUCAUUUACAGGGUCGAAAAAACUGCACAGAAUCGACUAAACUUUAUGUUCAUGCUAAGAAAAGUGGUGCAGGAGAGUCCGGAGUCCGGAGUCCGUAGUCCGUAG